AUGGAUCCCACCAUGAUGCAGAACAUGCUUACACAAGGGAUUGCUACGGCCUUGGCGACUUAUGAGGCUGCUCGAAACGGGAAUACUGGAAAUAGCGGAAGUGGUACUCCUGUAGCUGCCCAAAGAAAUCCCAAACACUGCUCAUACAAAGAAUUCAUGGGUUGUAAACCCCGAUCCUUCUACGGAACUGAAGGAGCUGUUGGCCUAUCCCGAUGGAUAGAAAAGAUUGAAGUUGUCUUCCACAUCAGCUCUUUCCCGGAUGACUGCAGGGUUAAGUACGCUACCUGCACACUGAUGGAUGUUGCCUUAAAUUGGUGGAACAACCAUGCCAAGACCGUGGGAAUUGCAGAAGCCUAUGCCAUGGGAUGGGAACAACUGAAACUAAUGAUGACUAAAGUUUAUUGCCCACGGCAGGAGAUUCAGGCAUUAGAACAAGAACUCUGGAACCUAACCAUGCAAGGAUCAGAGGUAGCUGCUUAUACCUCCCGAUUCGAAGACCUUGCAACUCUUUGUCCCGGAAUGGUGCCUUCAGAAGACAAGAAGACGGAGAGAUACAUUUGGGGAUUAGCAUCGCCAGUCCAAGAUCUGGUUACUGCAUCCAGACCCUCAACUUUUGACAGUGCCAAGCAACUGGCUUAUGAGUUGACUGAACAAUGUAUCCGACGAGGCACCAUGGCCCCUGCAAAAGAAAAGAACCAAACUGGAAUUCUAAGAGAAAGUUCUAGGGAAAGCCAAAAGGGAACUUCAAACACCGUAAGCGAAACCCAGAGCCUCAACUGCAAAUUAAGCGGUCAUACCGCCAAAUUUUGCAAAAAGAACCCAAGCAACACAGCCUCAACUACUACCGCAAGAGAAAGUCGAACCUGCUUCGAGUGCAACCAACCGGGACAUUUCAGGAAAGAUUGUCCUAAUCUGAAGAGACAGGGUGGUCAAGGAAGGGCGUUUGUGAUAGGUGCGGGAGACGUACGCCAGGAACCAACUGUGGUUACUGAUGCUUUAAGCAGAAAGGAACGAGUAAAACCUCUUCGUGUAAAGGCUCUAACCCUAACCAUUCACUCGAACCUCACUAUUCAAAUUCGUGAUGCUCAGUUAGAAGCACUUAAACCUGAGAACAUCAUGGAAGAAAACCUACGAGGCAUGGACAAAUAG